ACCAUCAGAGAGCAGCGGCCACAGUAUUGACCUUGCAGGGCUCAGCGCCACCAGGGACCGCAUCAUGACUUGGUCCUGGCACCCCCCGAGUUUAGUUGUCUGCUUCUACACUCUUUCACUGCUCUCGACAGCACGCAUGGGAUAUGCUCCUACCAGAGAAAACUGCUGCAUCUUAGAUGAAAGAUUUGGCAGCUAUUGCCCCACUACCUGUGGAAUUGCAGAUUUCCUGACUAUUUACCAAAAUAAAGUAGACAAAGACCUACAGACCUUGGAGGAUGUCUUACAUCAAGUUGAAAACAACACCGUAGAAGCCAGAGAACUCAUGAAAGCAAUCCAAGUCAGCUAUAAUCCUGACGAAUUAGCCAAGCCAAAUCGAGUAGACAUUGCCACUAAGGAGUCCAGGAAAAUGUUGGAAGAAAUUGCAAAAUACGAAGCACUGAUUGUAACACAGACAUCAGGUAUUCGAUUUUUGCUGGAUAUAUAUAAUUCAAAUAAACAAAAGAUUAAUAACCUGAAAGAGAAAGUGGCCCAACUUGAAGCCAAAUGUCAGGAGCCUUGCAAAGACACGGUCCAAAUCCAGACUAUAACUGGAAAAGAUUGUCAAGACGUCGCCAACAAGGGAGCCAAAGAGAGUGGACUUUACUUCAUCAAGCCCAUAAAGGCCAAGCAGCAGUUCUUAGUCUACUGUGAGAUCGAUGGAUCUGGGAAUGGAUGGACUGUGAUUCAGAAGAGACUUGACGGCAGUGAGGAUUUCAAGAGAAAUUGGAUUCAAUAUAAAGAAGGGUUUGGACACCUGUCUCCUACUGGCAACACAGAAUUUUGGCUGGGAAAUGAGAAGAUUCAUCUGAUAAGCACACAGUCUGCUAUGCCAUAUGCACUGAGAAUCGAGCUAGAAGACUGGAAUGGCAGGACCAGCACUGCAGACUAUUCUACAUUCAAGGUGGGACCAGAGGCUGACAAAUACCGUCUCACAUAUGCUUAUUUCAUUGGCGGAGAUGCCGGCGAUGCCUUUGAUGGCUUUGAUUUUGGUGAUGACGCUAGUGACAAGUUUUUCACGUCACACAAUGGCAUGCAGUUCAGUACAUGGGACAAUGACAAUGAUAAGUUUGAAGGCAACUGUGCUGAACAGGAUGGAUCUGGUUGGUGGAUGAACAAAUGCCAUGCCGGCCAUCUCAAUGGAAUUUAUUACCCAGGUGGCACCUAUUCAAAAGCAUCAACUCCGAAUGGUUAUGACAAUGGCAUUAUUUGGGCCACUUGGAAGUCCCGGUGGUACUCCAUGAAGAAAACCACCAUGAAGAUCAUCCCACUGAACAGACUCUCCAUAGGAGAAGGACAGCAGCACCACCUUGGGGGAGCCAAACAGGUCGGACCGGAACACCAUGUUGAAAUAGAUUAUUAGCAAACCCAUUCACCUCAGGGUUGUUCAUUUCUAUCAACCGACGAGUCAUAGAAACUUCACUGAGAGUUUCUUCUUAUUUCUCUUACCAUAUUUAUUCAUUUGAAGAUUUUUAUAAAGAAUACUUAGCCUUCAAUAGGAACUAAAAGUUACCUUGGCUCUAAUCUAAAAAUAUUUAAAUUAGUUUAUUUUAUGGAAAAAUGUUUAGCUUAUUCCCUAGAAUAUAAUGAAACUGUCAUGUUUUUUCUUUUAAAAUGAUAGCACAUCAUUGUACUUUGGUGAUUUCUUUUAUAAAAUCUUUUAAUAAAGAUGAAAGUAAAAUAGGAGUAAAUUCUAGCAUUCCAAAUGCUUAAGUGUUUUGCCAUAUUUAUUACUCUGAAGUAACAUGAUUAAUUUUUUAAAUUGAGUAAUAUAGCUUCUUAACAUAUUUUUUAUUUUUGG